UGGAGAAUUAUCUAGCGGAAUGGUACAGAGUGACGUUAUGGUGACUCAGCGCGGAAGGAGAGAGCGGCAAACAGACCGUCGGCCAUCUUUACAGCAGGAAUACGUGAACUCUUCCUUGUUCGUUUAUUUAGUUUUCCCCUCUAAAUCUCACAUCUAUGGCACUGAAGAGAAUCAAUAAGGAGUUGCAGGACCUGGGACGGGACCCCCCUGCACAGUGCUCUGCAGGCCCAGUCGGGGAUGACUUAUUUCACUGGCAGGCUACGAUCAUGGGCCCGUUUUGCUGUCGAUCUGCUCGCUGUUGACGGACCCUAACCCGGACGACCCCCUGGUCCCGGACAUCGCUCGCAUGUACAAGACAGACAGGCCAAAAUACAACCACCAAGCCAAGGAAUGGACCCAGAAAUACGCCAUGUAACCCUCCCCGGGGGCGUCUGCACGCCGCAGCACUGACCAGCAGAUCCCUCCCCUUCCCCCACGGGACAGCCCCCCUCCCCCCCUCCCAUAACCACCCCCUCAGUCUGGUCUCUGGGUGGCCCUUUUUGCUUCUACUGUAAAUCUGGAAACUUUCACGGCAGUUGCAUGUUUACAGUGACCCCCUCAUCACAGAUGUGCAUUUCCAAUGCAUUACUACAGUACUACACAAUUUUGACCGCAAAUUUCAGCGAAAACUUGACAGUACUUUACAGGAAUUUACAGUACUGUAACUCAGACAGUCUCUCUGACAGUAUUAUAAAACAUUAAAAACUGAUGUCGUUUUGUAAAAUGUUUUUUCAAUCCAGCUCUCAGCCAAUCAGAUGGCUGUGAGAUGUUGUGCACUUAAUGAGCUGCAGCUGAUCUGAUUGGCCGUAAGGCAGGUUCAUGAAUAUUCAUAACUUGGAACCAUAAAAAGAGCCAGCAGAGAGCCAGACUGUCCUGGUUGCCAUAGUGACCGGGACACCCCCUUGUCCCCAAGUUUACACAUUUCCUUUUGGAUUUGCUAAAUACUAAAUAUAUGUUCCCAACCCCUUUGUGUUAAAUGGUACCACCCGAUGUCUAGAUGUAUUUGUUCUAAGUAAAGCUUAUUGUGUAUCCUUGCGAGGGAGAGGGUGUGUGGGGAAUUUGUUAAAGUUUUGGUUAGAUGUGUUUGUGAAGUAUUGGAAACCUCCCCAAUUGUGUCCAGAGAAAUUUUUAUCGUUCUGUUGUAAGUUGUUGGCAUGUUUACAGGGUUAAGUCCAUCCGGCUUGGGAGGGCAGGUGGUGGGGUCAGGGGUCAGAGCUGCAUGGGUCAGGGGUUAAAGGUCAGCUGCAUGGGUGGGGUCAGGGGUUAGAGGUCAGAGCUGCCGUGUGCAGAUACAGCUGGAGGGAACGACAGUAGGGGAGGGGGGAUGAAGUUGGACUAGCUUAUAGGGAAACAAAACGACUGUCUUGUCCAGGGGUAAUUUCGCAGGCAGGGAGAUUUCAGGGUGGAUUUUCACAUUGUACUAAUUUUGCUGCCAUCUUAGUCGAACCAUGUUUGAUCGUCGGGCUUUUUCCAGAUUCGCACGUUUCAUGCCGAAGUAUCGUAGCCGUCAGCAUCACGCGUCUCCUUUGUAUAUUCUUCUAAUCGCAACACGACAUGGUACAGUAAGGGUGUGGGGCGCCGCACGACAUGGUACAGAGGGGUGGGGGCGCCGCCACACGACAUGGUACGGUAGGGGUGGGGCGCCGCCACACGACAUGGUACAGUAGGGGUGGGGGGGCGCCAUGUGUUUUAAGCUUGUUUUGUGGGGACAGUAUUUCUGUGGGAUGUGUAGCACACGUACGGUUCUGUUUGUAACGAUUUUUCUUCAUAAGUAAUCAGAUGUCACCAGAAGUAAAAACAAAAACAGGAGAGACUUUA